AGCAGUCGGAAUAUGACAGGCCGGAUAAGUAUCGGCGUACUGUUGUGCGUAUGUUGUUAUACAAUUCACUAUUCUAUAGCAGACGACAUCCAGGACAACGCUUGUUAUAAAGACGAGAAUGGAAUUUCCUGUCACAAAACAACCUACAAACUCACACGUUUGGAAUCUUCAUUUGUAGGAAGUAUAAAGGAAGUAGUCUUAACUGAUGGAACCGAGUUAGAGCUGAAAACUCUCAGCUUAAAGCCUUUGAUAUUUGAAUUGCCCAACUUCUUGUCAGAAGAGGAAUGCAACCAUUUCCGUUCUUUGGCCCACGACAUAGGACUGGAGCCCAGCCAAACGCUAAAAGAAAAGACAGAAAACACAAACUUCAACAUUCUAGAUCUGGAUGGAGAUCGAAAACUCUCCGUGCCUGAAAUGCGGGUUACCAUAGAAGAAGCAUUUGACGUUUACCCACACGACGAAGAUAUUUUAGAGAUGUAUGCAGAAACUGGACUGGAUGCCAAUAACGAUGGUUUUAUCACACCAAACGAGUUGAAUAAACUAAAACCGUCAGAUCUACAACGCUACGUGCGAUCAUUCGUGCAGAACCAACCAGAGAAACAUGCACGACUCAGCAACCAAGUUUGGCUUUACCCAGACAAUUCAACGGAUUCGGUCUUCGAACGUAUCCAGAAAAGAGUGUCCGAAAUUGUUGCUCUACCAAUAGAACUAGUUAAAUUGAGUGAUUUUCAGGUUGUACAGUAUGGCAUUGAUGGUCAUUACAAUGCGCACUACGACUCGACUCCUGUGGAUUCAAAAUACCCAUGCUGUGUACGGUUUGACAAAAGGAACUGUCGAAUAUGCAGGUACAUGACCAUUCUGUUUUAUCUUAAUGAUGUACAGGAAGGGGGAGAAACAGCGUUUCCAGUCGCAGAUGAUGAAAUGUUUAAUGCCACUGAGGUGAAACUGGACAAGAGAAAUCUGUUCCAAAAAUGUGACGAGGCCAAACUGAAAGUGUUGCCAGCGAAGGGAAAGGCUGUUAUUUGGUACAACCACUUCAUAGACAACACCACACAAUGGCUCGGUCAGCUAGACCAAUACAGUAUUCAUGGCGGCUGCCCCGUCAAGAAAGGCAAAAAGUGGAUUGGGAAUUUCUGGAUAAAAGUCACCGAUAAUAAAGAUGAAGAUAUAAAACGAAUGGAAAAGUUCAUUUGAAAUACAUUUUAAUGACAAUA